AUGGAUGGAGUGCAUUUGGAUGAGAAUGGUGAACUAACAGCUGAUCUGGACAUUGUGAACUGGGUGAAAUUUCCUAAUCGUUCUUUCAUCAAUGUACAAUUUGGAAGCAUAGGAAGGCAGGGUUCCUCGGAGCCCCAAUUCAACAUCGAUGAAGAGGCCAUGGUGUGGCUCAAAUGGCUCAACCAGACCUUGCCUUCUUCCAGAUGUGUGGAAAGCUGCCAUCCUGGUUUUCUCAAGGUAGUCCAGAGAGGACAGCCAGUUUGCUGCUAUGACUGUGUUCCUUGUGCAAAGGGGACCAUCUCCACUCAGAAAGAUGCAGUCCACUGCACCAGAUGUUUGGAAGAUCAGCAUCCAAAUGAAAGGCAAGAUCGCUGUAUUCCAAAAUACAUCACCUUCUUGUCAUAUAAUGAAUAUUUGGGGAUCAUCCUGACUUCCUUUGCUCUAUUUUUGUCAUUCAUCACAACCCUUAUAUUCGCAAUUUUCAUAAAAUAUCAUGAAACUCCAAUAGUUAAAGCCAAUAAUCAGGAUCUCUCCUACAUUCUCCUGACUGCACUCCUCCUUUCAUUUCUCACCAGCUUCCUCUUCAUUGGCAGGCCAAAGAAAGCUACCUGUCUUCUCCGACAAACAGCCUUCUUCAUUGUUUUCUCAGUGGCUGUUUCUUCCCUCUUAGCCAAAACCAUUACAGUGGUGCUGGCCUUCUUGGCAACAAAGCCAGGGAACAGAAUCAGGAGGUGGCUUGGAAAGAUGUUGGGCAAUGCUCUUGUUCUUGCUUGCUCUGCUGUCCAAGUUCUGAUUUGCUCCAUCUGGCUGGGAAUCUUUCCUCCCUUUCCUGACACAGACAAGCAUUCUCACCCUGCAGAGAUUGUCCUUCAGUGCAAUGAAGGACCUGCUGUCAUGUUUUACUCUGCCCUGGGAUAUAUGGGCUUGCUGGCUGUUGUCUGCUUCACAGUGGCUUUCCUGGCCCGAAGGUUACCUGGGGCCUUCAACGAAGCCAAACUGAUCACCUUCAGCAUGCUGGUCUUCUGUAGUGUUUGGGUUUCCUUUGUGCCCACCUAUCUGAGCACCAAGGGUAAAUAUAUGGUGGCUGUGCAGAUCUUCUCCAUUUUGGCCUCCAGUGCUGGGCUGCUGGGCUGCAUCUUUUUCCCCAAGUGCUACAUUAUUUUGCUGAGGCCAGAGCUGAAUACAAAGGAGCAGCUAACCACACAGAUCAAAGUAUAG